GUUUCGUUCUCUGUUUCCCCUCUGCAAUUAGCCACCCCACCCCUCGCAAAACAGAGGAAAGAGGGGGGCAAAAACAGAGGAAGAACCACCACACACUCAAUCCUAGAGAGAGAGAGAGAGAGAGAGAGAGAGAGAGAGGGGUGCAGUGCUUUUCAUUGUCAACUGGCUAUCUUGAUGAAGUUUUGUGAGAAGCAGUUGUUUUAUCAGAGUGCUCUUUGAUUGAUCUCUGAAUGCAUCUCUUUCUUUCCUUUUUCGGUACCUUAAGAUUGAGAGCUCUGGCAUUACGAGCAGAGAAGUGAUUCUAGUUGGUGAGAACGGGAAGAAAGGUUGCGAGUCUUGGAAAAUAAUAUAUAAGUUGGCAAAGAUUUGGCACGAGGGGUUCUUCUUGUUUUUUUUUUAGGGGGGCUAUAUGUCUGAGAGUUGGGCUGGGAAUGAGCAAAAUAUAAUGGAUUUCUGGCCGGAGUUUCUUGCGAGCAAUUGGGGUAGAGAAUUCGUGGCCGGUGGAUGUGGCGGGGUCGCGGGUAUUUUAUCUGGCUAUCCGCUUGAUACUCUCCGGAUUCGGCAGCAGCAGUCGAGGGCUGGCUCUGCCUUCGGCAUCCUUCGCAGCAUCAUCGGCAAUGAGGGGCCGGGUGCUCUUUAUAGGGGCAUGGGUGCACCCUUGGCUACUGUCACUUUUCAGAAUGCCAUGGCUUUUCAAUCCUACGCUAUCCUAUCCCGCGCUUUUGGUGAGUCUGGGUCUUCCCAAGACCCUCCUUCCUACCAAGGAGUCGCUUUAGGAGGCAUCGGCACCGGUGCCCUGCAAAGUCUGAUGCUAACUCCCAUUGAACUAGUUAAGAUCCGCCUUCAGUUGCAGGACAGAGCCUGUGCUAAUUCCCAUGAGCUGUAUAACCAACAUAAUGGACCGAUGAGUGGCAAAAGCAUAUUUCAAAGAGAAGGAUUAAGAGGUAUGUACCGAGGCUUGACCAUCACCGUACUUCGAGAUGCGCCAUCCCAUGGGGUCUACUUCUGGACUUACGAAUACAUGAGAGAGAAGCUCCACCCUGGAUGCAGAAAAGAUGGUCAAGAGAGCUUUAGGACAAUGAUUACAGCGGGAGGCCUAGCAGGAGUCGCAAGUUGGAUCUGUUGCUAUCCCUUAGACGUUGUGAAGACAAGGCUGCAAGCUCAAUCCCACCUCUCACCGAUGCAAUAUAGUGGCAUAGUCGAUUGUCUGCGUAGAAGUGUGAAAGAGGAAGGAUACGGCGUGCUCUGGCGAGGCCUAGGAACUGCUGUUGUCAGAGCUUUCUUUGUGAAUGGUGCGAUUUUCACUGCUUAUGAACUCGCUCUCAGGUGCUUCUUUAAUAACAAGAGUAGCAUCAGCAUCCAACAAGAGAGUGCAAUCUGGGAAAACUAGCGGAUGCUUCGGAUUGUUGGCCAUCACCACAGGCUAUCUAGCUGCUAGCAAGUGUUACUUAAAUAUGUAUAAAGGGAUGAAUCCCACAUGAUUGUACAGGAUUACUUUCCCAGGAUUGCAGUAAGAUUACUCUUAGAGGAUGAACUUCACAUGGUUAUUGCUAUGUACCUUUCCAUAGUAAAAAAAUUAUGAAAAGAGCCGAAAAAAGUAUCAAUGCCAAUAAUAUGGCUUGUUUAGUUCCUUAAACUUAAAAGCCACGAAUACCUAUUGCAUUAAACUAUUAGUGCAACAGGAUUCAUGGUUUUCAUGGAGCGCGAUCUCAUCACAUCACGCCACAUAAGCUUGUUGAGGUUUUGUCA